AUGUAAUCAAUUGAUUAUUGGCUACAUUUAUUGUUAGAGACUUUUGGUUUCUCAAUUUUUGGUCGAUCUUAGAUGAAAUUAUUGAAUUAUCUUGGUAACAUAAACUUCCACAUUUUAGACAAUGUUGGUGGGAUCAUAUAUUAUAGGUGUAUUUAUUAAGUAAUACAAUAACAAUUAUUAUUGUAAUGAUAAUUAUUAAGAAAUUUAUAUUUGAAAAAUAUAGUUGAUUUACUAAAGAUACAUUUAAUAAUCCAUAAAAAUUUGAAGUUGUUUUUCUUGUUAUUAUUGAAAUAAUAGGAAACUUUUUUAAAUUAUUUCUUUUUAAUGAAUUAAUAAUGGGUACCUCCAAAAUGUUCGAUGAUUAUCUAUAGACUAUUAAUAUGGUUCUUGUUGGGACAUUCAGAAUUCAGAGAACUUCAUAAUUCAAUAUCUGAUUAAGAUCAAUAAUAUCAAUUAAGAUAUCUAACCUUUUUUAUUAAAGAUAUUUAAACAUUAAUAUCUAUUAAAUUUCUCUCUGAUUAUGAUAACCUACAAGAUGAAGUUACUCCAAUCUAUAUUUGA